AUGAACAGUUUUCUACUCCCAUUUUUCAUAUGUCCCGUCAUUUGGGCAAAAAUUGUGAAGUUAGAGAUCGAAGAGUUUAAGUUAAAGAAGUAUGAACCUUGGAUUUAUCGAGAUGAUGUGGUCACGAGGUCAGGCGCUUCAGGUCAGUCCUCUGUGCAUUUGUUCCAGAAUGACGUAAUGAUUGGAGAGUUCUGUCUACCAGGCUAUAGAAAAUUUGAGAUAGUCAAUAUGAUGUAUUCUAAUGACGGCCCAACAGAUGUUAUAAAUGUAAGUAUCAACCGAAAACACAUUGGUACUGCUCAAGCAAAACUGCUAAUUGGUGGGAAAUCAGGCUGGAAUGACUUCCGGUCUACUUGGAACAUCGGGAAGCCAAUGACGUUACCACCAGGACGCCACACAAUCAUGUUGAAUGUGACUGCAUCAGAUCGAUGGGGCACUGAAUUGGACGCGAUCCUCUUUAAUAUCGAAGACGAAGAUCUGAGCGACAAAGCAUUUCAGUGUGCGUUAUUUUGUUUUGAAGACAUAAACUACAGUGAUAUCACAGGUCGACGAGACGACAUUCCCAGCGCAAAGUUCGUCCAGUACAGUUCGAGUACGACAUGUACAGAGGAAGACAAUAUCAAGGUCGCCAUUUAUCACGAUACUGCUAGAAAAUUGCUUAUCACUGCCUCUGGACCAGGGUAUAGAUCAUUUGGAAAUUCACGAACGCCAAAUUAUGAAGGAUGUAAAAUUACAAAUCCAUUAUGGAGGUUUGGUGACAUCAGCGUUGACCCGUCUAGAACCCCAGUGGAAUCUUCACGUGCUCUCGUCAGGUUUGCAGGGGAAAAUGAUAACAUAGAGGUCACUGUGACCUUCGCGGCAAUAGAACGACUUAGAACGAGAGAUUUUAAUAAUCUUAAUGUGGGUACAACAUUAUAUGUAAAAUUACGGAAUUUAACUACAGUUGUCCAGGUUUUUGCGGCCUAUUUAGGACAAAAACGGACGUGGACAAAUCUUUCGUGGCAGUCAUUUAGUCCUGAAAUACUUACAAGGAAUUGGUCUAUACCUGACUGGUCCUGGUCAAAAGAAAAAGGAAACCUUCUUAAACUGACCUUCGUGCGAACAUCAACAGAGGCAUCCUUGCCAAUAGUCAUAGAGGAGAUAGGGCUUUCAGAGAGGCAAAUGAACCAUUCCAAACGUUUCCUAUUUGAGAACGAAGAAUUCACGCUAGAAGGGGUCGAUCUUGAUUUUUGGUGGCAGAAAGACAAGAACAUGACCGUUUCUAUACUUCAGACUGGUGACUGGCACGUAGAUAUAGACUGUAUCAGGAUAAACUACAAACAACAAUGGAAGGCCGACCUCCGCUCUCAAAUAUUUGAAAUAUGCCAGGACGGUCUUGUAAAACUUGCUCCUCCGGCACCUCAUGGUCUCGAUUGGAUUCCGUUCGGUUCAUCAAUCUUACUCGGUGCUGCAGAUCCACGAUUACUCCGUCCGUACACUGACAUCAAACAUAUCGACAUUGACGCCAGGAUGAUAUCGUUAAAUAUUCGCUAUCGAGACAAUUCUUCCCUGUCGCUUUCCCUUAAACCUUCCUAUCUAGAAACUCGCCUAUUUGUCCAGGACAUAUUCGUCAGUGGAGAGAAACGGAUGGCUCUCCCUCUGAUUACAUUCUUAUCCAUGUGGGUGUCAGAUGGUAAUGCUGACGUAGAUCACAUUACUAUCAAUGGCGACUCACCGCGACACAUUAUACAGCGCUGGGGCACUCUUUACGGAGUGUCGGCUACGUUCUUCCGACAGUGCAUUUCGUCUCACAAUACGCAGAGUCCAGAUAUACGAAUCGAUGUUCUCGGUGAUGAGGACGAGGUCAUUUUAUAA